AUGCGUCGCACUCGCGAUGUGGUCGUCGUCGUCGUUGUCGUCGCCGCCGUCGUGUUCGGCACGAUUCUGGCAGACGACGAUGUCCAUCAUGAUGAAUUCUUGCCCAGGACGACGACGACGUCCGCCAAUGGUGAUGGGGACGUCGUCAGCGUCUAUCGGCUUCUUCCAAGAAAUCACACUCAAUUCGACGUCAUUCGACGGCUUUUUGACAAUUCUACGGAUCUACAGGUGAGAGCUUCUUUUGUUUCUUUCAUUUUCUGA